AUGAAGACAGAAGGAGAUGUCGGCUUCGCGGUCAAGUGGACUAAGUUUUUAUUUCAGCUCAUGGUGUUUCUUUUACCGUUUGUGAGCUCUGCAUUCUGUGGGCAUUUAGGCAAAAUUGAGCUGGACUCUGUGACACUUGGUGUAGCUAUUAUAAAUGUGACAGGGUUAUCCGUGGCCUUUGGUAUGACUGCUGCAUGUGACACACUCAUAUCCCAGACAUACGGUAGUAAAAACCUGAAACGUGUGGGAACAAUACUGCAGAGAGGAAUUCUCAUCUCAAUGCUCUGUUGUUUUCCUUGUUGGGCUAUUUUCAUUAACACAGAGCAAAUACUGCUCCUCUGCAAACAGCAUCCGGAUAUAGCCAGGUUGACACACAAAUACGUAAUGACAUUUUUGCCUGCACUUCCAGUAAGUAUCAGUUUUGUCAUAAGCCUCUCUUAUAUCUGCCAUAUACUAUACACGUGUCUAGAAGAUGCAGAAAUUAAAAAUUGA